CAGUCAGUCUCUCUUCCUCUCUUUCUCCUCUCUCAAACGCAGCUCAGCCCUAAGUUCAACCCUCUUUCUCCUUGACCCAUAAGCCACCACAACCACCACACAUACACAUACACACACCCUCACAUACCCGUCAAAGAACCCCAGAAAAAUGGACAGCUUUGCCCCCGCCCCACCGCCACCCACCCCCCUCGGCCGCUACCGCACCCUCUCCUCCACGGCGGGCAUCCGCGUCUCCCCCUUCCAGCUGGGGGCCAUGUCCAUCGGCAGCGCCUGGUCCGGCGGACUGGGGGCGAUGGAUCAAGCGGCCGCGUUCGCGCUGCUGGACGCGUAUGUCGCCGCGGGGGGCAACUUCAUCGACACGGCCAACAACUACCAGAACGAGGAGUCAGAGCGGUGGAUUGGGGAGUGGAUGGCGGCGCGCGGGGGGAUUCGGGAUCAUUUGGUGUUGGCGACGAAGUAUACGGGGUUGUAUAAGCCUCGUAGCUGUAGUGGGAGCAUGGCAGCAACUGAUGAGAGAAGCACGACCACCACCACCACCCCUCCUUACCCCCUCCCCCUCGUCAACUUCUCCGGCAAUCACCGCCGCAGUCUCCACCUCAGCCUGCACGAUUCCCUCACCAAGCUGCGCACGAGCUACAUCGACAUCCUCUACGUGCACUGGUGGGACAGCACCUGCUCGAUCGAGGAGAUCAUGGACAGCCUGCACACCGUCAUUCAGCAAGGCAAGGUUAUGUACCUGGGGAUCUGCAACGCGCCGGCCUGGGUGGUUAGCGCGGCGAACACCUACGCGCGCCUGCAGGGCAAGACCCCGUUCAGCAUCUACCAGGGCCGGUGGAACGUGCUGCACCGGGAUCUCGAGCGGGAGGUGCUCCCGAUGGCGCGGCGGUUCGGGAUGGCGGUGGCGCCGUGGGAUGUGCUCGGUGGGGGCAAGUUCCAGACCGCUGAAGCCAUGGCGGCGCGGCGCAAGCGGGGGGAGUCGCUGCGGACGAUGAUGGGGGGCGAUGGGGGCCAGACGGAGGAAGAAGUGCGGAUGAGCGAGGCGUUGAGUCAAGUGGCCAAGGAGCAUGGGAUGACCUCCGUUACCGCGGUGGCGUUGGCGUAUGUUCUCGCCAAAGCGCCGAACGUGUUUCCCGUCGUGGGCGGCCGGAAGGUCGAGCACCUGAUGGAGAAUCUCCAGGGGUUGGAGCUGCGGUUGACGGAGGCGCAGAUCCGGUUCUUGGAGGGUGUGAGGCCCCUGGAGCUCGGGUUUCCGCAGAAUAUGCUCGGGGAGGAGCCCGGGGUGUCGGGCAGGGAGGGUCGGGCAUUGGCGAAUGCUGGGGUGGUGGAUUUUGUUAAGAAUGAGAGGCCGAUUGGGUAUGCUUGA